AUGAUAUGCGACGAAUUUGGAGCAGAUACCGAAUUUCGUUGGGUAGUCCUUCCCUGCUGGGCCGAUGCCUUAUGGAAGGGGGGACUUCACAAUAUGGGGACUGGCCUGGAAGCUCUUUGCAAAAGUUCCCACGAUUAUGACAAAUGUUUCGUACGCCAAAACUACGACCGUUGUGGGGUCAAUGCCGGAAAAUUCGUCAUAAAACUGAUCCACGUUACUUCACAUUCACUGGUGGAGCUGAUCAGCAGCACUUCUGGAAGCAAAGAUUUACCAAAGACCUGCAAAGACUGGUUGAACCAGAAGGGUCUGGGCCCGAAAGCCAAGCAAAACCGGAAGGAGCGGACAUCUUCUGCGAAUUUUCUAAAUGUCGUCUUGAUGUUGUCGUCUGUAGCAACCUUUUUUCUAGUUAGA